CAAUCUCACCUUAUCAACCGGCCACAAUUUUAUUCUUUUGUUUCCAUCGACACCGUCCACCCUUGUUGUCACUGUCAUUCCUUCGGCGCCAUCGCUUGCGUUUUUAUUGUUGCGACGACCCCCCUUCAUCCGUACCUUUGUUCCAUCUUCCUCCUUGUCCCCUUCGCCCUCUUUCCACCAGACGCGUCCUUGGACGCGCUUCUUCACAAUUACCCUUUUCGCGGCCGAGAAUGAGUUUGAAAAGAAUCUGCAGAAGAUUACACCCGUACAAGACAAUGAAAGAGUCAAGGACCAACCCUCCAAGGUGAAUGCGACAAGCAUGUGGCGCCUUGUUUACCUGCUUCUGCUUUUCGUUCGCGCUUACCUCGCUUUAUGCCCGAGCUACCUCCAUCCGGACGAGAUCUUUCAAGGCCCGGAACCUAUUGCUGGUAUGCGCGGGAGCACAAAAUGUUGGGCACUAUACUUAUCCUUUGUCAGGCUACCUGUUUCCCUAUCCCAGCCAUCAGACAUGGGAGUGGAACUCGGACCAUCCCAUCCGUAGUGUAUUUCCACUAUGGCCGGUCUACGGCUUGCCCAUGGCAUUGCUGAAAUGGAUAUGGGCUCAGGAGGAUGAUGGUUUGGUCGACCCCUACAUCAUAUAUUACACCCUACGCCUGGUCAUGUUUGUGCUCAGUUUUGUCCUUGAAGACUGGGCCGUUCAUGACUUGGUCCGGUCACCACGACACCGCCCAGAAGCAGUACUUCUCGUGUGCUCCUCAUAUGUGACAUGGACCUUUCAGACACAUACCUUUUCCAAUUCUGUUGAGACCCUGCUUGUGUUGUGGAGCCUGGUCGUUAUCGAGAGGAUCGUGGGUGAAAACAAACGAUCAGCAAUUGCUUCUUGUGUUGUCCUGGGCUUUCUUGUCGUCUUCGGCACCUUCAAUCGAAUUACAUUUCCAACUUUCAUCGUGAUACCCGGCAUCCAAAUGUUGCCACAUUUUCUGAAUAGACCUUUUUGUCUUCUGGCCCUUGUUCUUUCUGGCGCUUUCUGGACGCUGGCCGCUGUGAUCAUUGACACGGCCUACUAUUCGGACGCUGCAGCAACCAGAUCCUUUCGAGCCUUAUACGACCACGUCCGCCAUGUUCCUGUAAUAACACCUCUUAAUAAUCUCAUGUACAACACUCAGACCAGCAAUCUGGCUCAGCACGGCUUACACCCACACUACCAACACCUCUUGGUCAAUCUGCCACAACUACUGGGGCCAGCGAUGAUUCUUCUGAUCGUUUCCGCCUACCCCUUUAAUCUUCGCAUCCUCAAGACAAUGCUCAGCAAUGUACGCCUCGCCUCUGCUACAGCUGGAACCCUUCUCCUCAGCCUAGUCCCGCACCAGGAACCACGCUUUCUCCUGCCUGCUGUCCCGCUGUUGCUCACAUGUGUCCGCGUUCCUUCAAGCACUCUCUGGAGGCGGAUCUUUUGGACAAGCUGGAUACUCUUCAAUUCCUUCCUCGCGAUCCUGAUGGGAAUCUACCACCAGGGUGGAGUCAUCCCAACUCAACUGGCCAUCCCAUCGCUCCUCACCCGGUCCAUCACCAAUUCGCAUUCGAGUGCACACAACAUUGAAGUCUUUUGGUGGAAGACUUACCCUCCACCCAAUUUCCUGCUGGGCACCGAACCUCGCCAUCCAUACACGAACAACAGUCUCAAUGUCUCGACAGUUCCAAUGAUGGGUUUCCCUCAAUCCGAACUCGUCUUCAUGUUGAUGCAACACAUGCCAACUUGCAACCCUUCGCUUAUUGAGCGAUUGACACUUCACAAGGAAAAGACAGAUGUGUUUGUUGUUGCACCCCUGGCCGCCUGGCGUCUGGACAAUACAACGCCGCCGGUUUCGAAUUUUAGUUUUUCGAUUGCCUUUGACAUGCCCCCCGCAGAACUGAUCAUGACGAACAUCUUCACGUACCGCCCGCACGUCAACCUUGACGACAUGGAUUUUGGCGAUGACGGGCUCGUUCCGACCCUGAGUCGUGUGGUCGGCAGACGAGGGUUGGGGGUGUGGAAGGUCGACAGGAUAUGUGGCCCCGUUCAAUACAUUGAUAAACAUACCGGUGAGACCGUGUCGGUAGAGGUUGAUGAUCAAGGAGAGGCACAACAGGAGGUCGUUGCUGCCGCCGCUGCUGCGAUGAAGGAUUUGAGGGAGACGGCAAAGUCUGAUGAGGAAAGUGUCAUGUGAGGUUUUGGUCCAUGUCAAGCUUUGCAAACACAUUUAGCCAAUUGUGAUUAGUGUCUAGUUUUGUCUUUUUCCUCCCCAUGAUCGAAUAGAAGAGAGACAGAGAGAGAGAGAGAGAGGUUGUACAUGAGGUUAGUUACAGGGGAAAUGUGUACAGUCUUUGUCAUCAUAUACGACGAAAGGAUGAUUUGAUAUACGAAAUACCAAUCAACUGGUCCGUCUGAGACUGAUGCUUGCUGUAGGAUGAUAGUAUCGAGUGAUACGGACAUGAAUGUUUGCCUUGUACAUCAAUGAUGAUGGCGAAACUCGAGACGUGGAUUUUGGAAUCCAUGUCACCCCGAGUCACC